AUGGAUCUCUUUGCGGUCGCUAAUCGAUCGACAAGGUCGCAGCAAUCUAGUACCACGGCACACAGUCGCCGUUCCUCUGCGUCGGGUGCGACGAGCCGGUCUGCACCGCAUGUUCAGCAGCGACGGGACGCCACUGAAUUGUUAGAGACUGCGUCAGAGGAAGAUAAGCGUCUCUUUGUGCGCUGUGUGGAGCAGGUGCAGCGGCAACUGAAGCCAAAUAUUAAUUCCCCGAGCACGCUUCACACUCUGGCAUCAUACUACACACGGGAGGAACCAUAUGUGGAAGGACGACCGUUCUGUGUCUCGCUCAGCUACGCAACAUUUCUUUUUCACAUGCAAAUGGCACGCGUGAGCGAAGGUGAUGUUCAGCUGUAUGUCCAAUUAAUCAACGGGGUUCUGGCACAAAUCUCUGAUGAUGCUCGUAUGACGCAUCCCUUUGUGCUUCGUGUGUUGCGAGACGCCGUCUUUGGACUUCCCUCCCCGACGUGUGUUGGUGGAGCGCACUGUGUGGUCCUUAUGCCGCCGCUGCAGUAUCAUGCGUUUGCGUAUCUUGCGACCUCUCUUGUGGAUCUCGGAGUUGUGCCGGCAGAUAUUUUCUACCAGUGGCAGGACAAACUGGAGGCACUGUGUAACGCGCCAUCUCCGCUGGUGGCAAAUCGAGCUCUCACGCUUAUUGUACAUACAGUCAGCACCAUUCGCAUGGAUGAGCAGGUCGCAGCGCUGCAGUAUGUUCUUAAAACUAAACCUCGUAGAAUGAAUGUAGACUUUUUGUUGUCCUGUUAUGAACGGCUGAAGCGUGCGGUUCCUGAACCGGUCAGAGGGCCUGCGUAUGGACGGGCCCUUUCCAUUCACUGCAGUGAGUUGUUUCUUCGAUUCCGUUCACCUAUUAGGCGGGAAUACGUGGAACGGUUUCUUUACCCAAGUUUAAGCGGUCCGGAUAUGCAAUUACUUGUACAAAUUCCCGCAACCCGGCAGCAUCUUUGCGGGGAGUUGCUCCGGCAGUGUACUCCCGGAAUGAGUCCUUCAAAUCCGUACUACCUUUGCUUGUGCGCCAUCAUGCAGUGGGCGUUUGAGGACGAGAUAGACGGUGCCAUGGAGGUGGUAGAGCUUAUUAACUGCCAAAUGCCUCAUGCCGCCUAUUUUGCAGCGACAUUGGCAGUUGAUACGCGCAUGUCUGUGGCCAUGUUUGCCAAAAUUAUUAUUGUGCUUGUUCGUGGUGCAGGACUUGCCAUGACGGGGAGGGACGUCGCCGAUGAUGUUGCUACUGCGCUACAAAAUCGUACAAGCGUGUACAGCGUGCUAUUUCUGCUUCGCGAAGUGGUUCGGAACUGUUCCAUCACCGCAUCACGACGUGCAACGGACAUGCACAAGGCGCUUCACAUUGCAGUACCGGAAAAAACAGUAGAAGCACUUGGAAAGCUUGCUAUGGAGGCGUUUGACGAUCUCACUGAGGCAGCUGUAGACCCCCAGCUAAUCUGUGCGGAACUGGCCAUGGUGUUACAUCAGCUGCACAUUGAGGAGGCGAUGGAUGCUGCAGUGGCGCACCUACGCGAUGUAACUGCACUAUGUAUUUUUUGCGGCUUGGGUCGGGGUGCCUCACCUGUGUGCGAGGUGAACGGCACAAUGCAUAUGACAGGGCAGGCUUCUGUGGGCCGGGUUUUGACGACGCUUGCCGAGUGUGCUGGGAUGGCCUCAGUGGAGGGGAAACUUAUUCAACUGCUGCGUGACCCGGCAACCCAGAUGGAUAGUGCCGUCCAUUUUUUACUGUUUCACAUUCUCUCUCAUGCUGGGCAGCACCGCAACACACUCUUUCAGGUGCUGGAGCCGUACAUUCGCAGUACCCUCACGACACUGGUGAGUGCCGAUCGGGCGUCCAACGCCGGUUUGGUAGGGAGUCAGCAGAAGGCUAACGUCCUAAUGCUACACGUGAAGCUUGUCGUUCUUUUUGCAAAUGCUCUUGAGCCGUCAUAUGUAGAGAGUAUUCUUCGCGUGUUUUGUGAGGUGCGACUGCGCAGCAACCACGAUGCGUUGACGUUGUGGUAUAUGGCCAAUCUUUUACUUCGACAAGGAAAAGGAAAUGUGGAGCUGCUUCCAACCGACCCCGCAGAGAACAACUACUGUGUCAACUUUCCUGGUUGUGCCCCGAUGUGCAACACAACCGCCGACAAUGCGCAGCUGCUGCUUAAAAUCAUAGAUCGCUCACACAGCUUUAGCGACGAGACGCACAAGCUAGUAGGGUGUUGUGUUUGCAAACUUAUUCAGGAUUUCAACGUCCAGGCACCGAACAUUAUUGAGUCAUUGUUAACCCCGUUUGGUUUUACUCCAGUGGGAAUACAACCCCUCUGCGAGUACGCGCUGCCUGUGGGCGCCAGUAGCACGUUCUGGUCUUUUUUCCUGCACCAGAUGAAGUUGUCUGCUCCAUCACGUAUUGCCUUUAUGGCAGCUCUAGCAAAGUCGAUAUCGCAGCGCUUUCGCAUUGCGGCACCAGCCGAUGCCGUGGCUAUUGAUGGAGCUGAAGCGACCGGACACCUUUUUGCUGUGAUGACGUACGAGGCGAUGAAACGUAACCCGCCUCUUGCACGCGUUGUGUUACACACUAUUUCGCAGUGGGUUAAACAGCCACAUCACCCGCCUGGUCGGUUUGCUUGCCUUUUUUACAUUUGUACACAGUUGUUGACGGUUGUGGUGCAGCGUGGCACGGGUCCUGAGGCCGUUGAACUGGCGGCUGAGACAGGACAAGACACGAGUCAGUUUACAGAUGCUGUGACGAAGACAACCGCGAUUGUUCGCGGGCAGCUGCCACGUCUCGCUCAGCUAGGGCCAUUGGUUCGCCAGGAAAAUACCGGGUUCUAUCAACUGCUUCACCGUCUGCACCACAAAACGAAACGUCUUGUGGAGGAAACAACAGGUGAGAAGUGUAACGUGGAUUCGUCCGUCUUCAACGACGAUAUCGACACUACAAGGGAGAACGUGGAGGUGCUCACUGGUGGUGCGCCUGUGAAGGAUACCAGGCGGGAAGAGCAUCUCCUUGGUGCCCUCCAGCAGCCAUCUGACAAUAGCGUGUUCGGGGAUUACAUGGAAGAUGAUGAAACAGGGUCUCCAAUUCAACUUUCUGUGACUCAGCAAGAAAACCAGGCCGUGUAUGACCCACUAUUAGAGGAAGAAGAGAGACAGCAAGAGUCAGAGGAAUCGACGGUGCCACGUUCGCAGAAGACGUUGUUGUCUUCUAAGAAUGAGCAAAGCACCAUGACCUCACCUGCCAGCGGCGUUGUUUCGGUGCGCGAAAGACGACCGCGUGAGGUGUCCUUUGUCUUCGUGGACAAUGUGGAAGGGGCCAACGCAAGCUUAGAGAAGGAGUCUUGUAGUGAGCUACCACUUCCCAUCGUCCGUUCAAUGCAAAGUGCUGAGGGCAAGAACACGGCAGUGGAGGCCCAAGCGCCUCAUUCUUUGGAGUCCCGUGGGGUGCAAACCAGCUAUCAGGAGUGGCAAGGCGGUGUUUCGGGCGUCAGCGAAAACUUCUUCGGACGAGAGGGCGAGUGUGCACCCACCGCGGAUGCUGAAGCUGCGCAAAACGAGAGUAGUCGACGCCGUCAGCAAGGGCUGACUUUUGUAAAGGGCAACGGCAGCAACAAUGACAGCGUCGCCGACUCUUGGCGUGAACCUGAUCUUGACGCGGAGGACGGCGGCGACGAGGAACCCAUCGAUAACUUGGCCUUGCCGGCACUGCAGGCCUCCACGCCCCAGGUGGACGGCGUUGCAGUUCCCUCUGGGAUCGUCCUUGAGUAUUUAGCCACCCAUCAGGCGGCGAAAUCUGUUCUUCAUGAACUGCAGCAAUUUGAAAAGACGUUACACAUCACACGCACACAAAAUGCCGAGGCUGUGGCUGCCGGUGCGAAUAACUACGAUGAACCACACCAGGGACGCGUAUUUGCCACAACGGCUCCACUGCAUACGACUAUUCUUCCUGUCACGAUGGAGCGAAGACCAAACAAUUACAGUGUUCCACAUGCCACGCAUGCGCCGGCUCCAAGCAAAACCGUUAUGGCACGGCUGACUAUGAUCCAGACCACUGAGAAGCCGAAACCACACGAGGUGCAAUCUGGUAUACAAGCUGAAAAUCAACUAUCUGCUUCCAAGAGAAGACGUAUAGAAGGCGAAUUGAGAGAAGCAGAUUUGACGGGAAGUGAGGCACAAAAGGCAAUGUUGCAGACCCCAGCAGCAAAGCUGGGUUCUGGGGCCCAAUUUUUUCUUCAGCAGAGCGUUUCCUCAGUUAUUAAAGACUUGGGCGGUAUGCAGAGGCAGUUAGAUACACUUUCUUCUGUGAUGACACCCGACAAGUGCGAUGCAACUGCGUUACCGCCCAAUCAGAGGACUCCGUACGGUCAGGUGGUGAUCCCGGAAUGUUUUGUGGAACAAAAAAAUGAGACCGCCGUGCGAGAGAUACGUCAAGUGAUGGGGGCUCACGACCCCAACGACGGUCGCCUCUCUACUGGUGGGCGCCGAAAGAUUCGUGGCAGUGGUGGCCCAAGCACAGGUGAUGUGGAGAACAGUGCGGCAUGGUGGGACGAGAAGAGUUCGGCGCCCAUGCCGAAGUUUGCCACCGAUCCGCAGUACUCGAUGGAACUUUUUUAG